AUGGCGAAACGAACUCUCGAAUCCUUCUACAAACCCAUCAGUCCACCCAAAAGACCGCGCAUCGAAGAGCCUCCUUCCACCUUCUCCCAGCAUUCCAGCUAUCCCUUCCCCAUUGCGGAUCUGCCUCAGUCUCUCGCCAGCGCUCUCACCGAAAGUCCUGCUCGUCAACCACGCAGCAUCACCGACCAGCCUCAUCUCGAUCUACUGUACUACCAGCCGUUUAUUUCUACGCCGACUGCCCGCGAGCUCUUCCGAUUCCUCCGCCGUGAACUCCCGUUCUACCGUGUUCAAUACACCAUCCGUCGCGGACCGACUUCAACCCAAAUCAACACUCCACGCUUCACCACCGUCUUCGGCGUGGACGACACCUCGUUCUUCAAAGACUCCCAACUCGUCGACCGCAAGACCGAUGUCUCGAUUUCCAAGGAGAAGUACAAAUACCCUCCACGGCCGCUUCCUGCCUGUCUCGAUCUCCUCCGCCAACGCGUCGAGGCUGCCGAUGGGGGCAAAUACAACUUCUGCCUGGUCAACUACUACGCUACCGGCGACGACAGCAUCUCGUACCACUCCGAUGACGAGCGGUUCCUAGGCCCCAAUCCGUCCAUCGCAUCAUUGUCGCUCGGCGCGCAGAGGGACUUUCUCAUGAAACAUAAGCCGUUUGGUGCGGAAGCGAAACCGCUCAAGAUGCCGCUUGCGACAGGAGAUAUGGUGGUCAUGAGGGGCGAGACGCAAGCAAACUGGUUACAUUCAAUUCCCAAGAGGAAGGGAGGAGAGGCGCAUCGGGGGAGAAUCAACAUCACCUUCCGCCGGGCGGUGGUGCCUGGCGGCACAAAUAAUUAUUACACGUAUAAUGUUGGGGAAGGACGGGUUUAUCGAUGGAGUGAGAAAGAGAGCCGAAUGGUCGAGUCGACGGGGCCGAUGUGA